AUGGACGAGGUGGUGCACAAGCUGGAGCUGCGCGGGCAGCAGCCGACGCCGCUGGCCGACCAGGUCAAGACGCAGCCGUCUUUACUGGAGAACGCGACGCUGCACGACUACCAGUUGGUAGGCCUCCGGUGGCUGCUGCGCAAGCAUGAGCAGGGGCUGAACCCCAUUCUGGGGGACGAAAUGGGACUGGGCAAGACGCUGCAGGUUAUUUCGUUCAUCGCAGCGCUGGAAGCUGCUUAUCGAGGCCAGAAGAAGCCUCGAGGAAGUCGGUACCUGGUUGUCGCACCGCUGAGUGUACUGCCCAACUGGAUGGAGCAGUUCGAGCAGUUCGCGCCCAGCAUCUCCACGGUCAUGUACAUCGGUCCGGCAAAGGACCGUGAGGCGACGCAGAAGGUCAUCGCGGCCAGUCCACAGGACCAACCGCUGGUGGUUGUGACGUCGUACGAGAUGUUGCUACAUGACCAUGAAUUCUACAGCAAGACGGAGUGGGAGGUGAUGAUCAUGGACGAGGGCCACAGACUCAAGAACCCGAAAGGCCAACUCCACGGGAUCGUCUCGACUAGACUGCGGUCCAAGCACAUGGUGAUCUUGACGGGCACGCCGAUCCAGAAUGACCUGGAAGAGCUUUUCGCAUUGCUGUCGAUACUGAACCCGGGCGUGUUCAACGACCAAGCGCUGUUCGAGUCGACGUUCAGAAACUACUUUUCGGCGAAAGCGCAGCGUUUGGAUGAGGGUCAGCGCGCGAAAUCCAAGCGGCUGAGCAAAGCGGAGGAGCUGAUGCGUAGACUAUUAGCACCGCUGUUGCUGCUGCGGACGGUUCAAGACGUGCAGGGCGCAUUUACAUUGCCACCAUUGUCCGAAAUGGUGGUUCAUACGCCGAUGUCGUCAAUGCAGCGAGCAUACUACAAGGAGGUUAUCGCCAAGAAUGCAUACGUCCUGAAUGGUGCCGCGAAAGCUCAUGGCAGCAGGGUCCCGCUGCUGAACAUUCUUCCCCAACUGCGGAAAGCGUGCAACCACCCGUACCUGUUUCCGGGCGCUGAACCUGAACCGUUUGAAGAAGGCAGUCACUUGUAUGAAAACAGUGGCAAACUCUUUGUUCUGCAUCAGAUCCUGCCGCGUCUGAAAAAGGAAGGUCACCGGGUGCUGCUUUUCAGUCAGUCUCCACCCUUUCUGGACAUCAUUCAAGACUUUCUUACGCUCGAGAGUUUUGCGUACGAGCGCAUCGAUGGAUCUGUGCGUGGGAAAGAGCGUUGGCAAAGCAUUGAGCGCUUUCGCAAGGAUCCUGAAACUUUCGUCUUCCUUAUCUCGACAAGGGCUGGCGGUCUCGGAUUGAAUUUGCAAAGCGCAGAUACGGUUAUUUUCGCGGAUUCGGAUUACAACCCGCAGACCGAUCUUCAGGCAGUAGCACGAGCUUAUCGCCUGGGACAGACAAAGCCUAUUCACGUGAUCAAGUUCUUAUGCGCGAAUACGGUUGAAGAGAGCAUUUACCGACGCUCUCUCAAGAAAAUGCGCAUGGCUGACCGCAUCCGCAACCUUGCACGAAGAACUGAUGGUGACGGCGAUGAAAACGACGAUGAUAGUGGGAAGAGCUUGCUUGAUAUGAUUCAGUUUGGUUUGCAUCGCCUCAUGGAAGAAGCUGCUGGUCAGGACGAAGAUGCGCUGAUGAAGCCUUUGGAGGAGGAAUAUAUCCAACACAUUUUGACUCGAAGAACCGAUCACGUAUCUGAGGCGGGCGCUGAUUCCGAUGACAAAAUGGUGCCGACGCUAAAGAGUGACAAGCUGCUGGAGUCGGGUGGGGAUUUUCGAGAGGAAAACAUGUAUUACUUCGAGGGAGAAGACUACACGAAAGUCAUGAACACUAAGGCGAAAGAUGCUGAGUUGCUCCAGAAGCUAUGCGCCGAGGCAGCAAAUACUACGAAGCGUAAAACAUUAACGGCUCGUAAAAGAUAUGAACAAGAUGAUGAUGAAGAAGAAGACGAAGUGGACGAAGAGCUAAGUGCUGCGGAUGAAGCGGAGCAAGCUCGAAAGCGAGAGGAGCGGCGUCAAAAAGCGUUGGAACGAAAGCUUGCUCAAUGGAAGGCCAACAAUUCGGGUCGACUGCUGUACAAGUCUGGGGAUGCCAGCCAACCGCCUAUCAAUUCUCUACGUUUGAGGCCGUACAUCAUUGUUCACUGCGUGGACAACAGUGGUGUGUGGUGCUCUCGUGGGUUCUUUCGCAGCCUGUCAACACUAUCACCCUCGAUACAAAACCAAUAUGAGGAGGCAGGACGCAACGGAGAUCUCAAGCUUGGCAGUGCGCAUUUGAUUCGAUUACCACCCCAAGCUACCAAUCAGCUACCCAUUGAGGGAUAUGUCUGCCUGCUGGUUGUACAGGGCUUCGUCGCGAAGAAGAAACAGCGCGUGGGAAAUGGCCAGCUCGUUCGUCAGGGAAAGUCUUCGACGUUCCGCCUGAAUGCGCUUGAGACUGCGCUGCAGGCGCUAGCGCAUCGUGCAUUGGAGCUAGACGCCACCGUUCAUCUACCCCGAAUCGGAUAUGGUACCCCAAACUUCAAUUGGUAUGCUGUUGAACGCUUGAUAGCUCGCAAUCUUCGGGAUGUGGGAGUUAAGGCAACCAUCUACUAUUAUUCUGGUAGGCAACGGACUUAG